UUCCUAAGUCCUCAAUAUCUACAACUCUCCAUUCUUGCAUACUAAUCAAGAAUCAAGCGUCUAUUGACACGAGAAGCAAAUAGUCUACGAAUACCUUCCAACAUACCGCCUAUCUACGACCCCGAUCGAGCCUAAUCUACGAUAGUGGACCGCAACCGCCAGACGAAGAAUUCCGACCAUUCGUACACUCGCCAGCGGGUGGUACAUCCACAUUCCUGUGCAAUCUGGAAUGUCAUAUUACCUCAUCGGACAUACCAACUGACUGCAUCAGAGUUCCGUCUUGAGCUACGUGCUCUUGACUACUCUCUUCGCCCAACAUGCCUCCAGUUAUACAAGUGGGGAACGACUUCCCCAGCAUUCCAACUCCCGACAACAAUGACGUGCUCAGAGAAAUUCAGCUGUCACCAGAGGUCGAAGCCCUCACUGAACGAUCGGUGACAGCGUCACUCGCGGAAAAGCCCCAUUCCCUCGUAGCGCGAGAUGGGUCAUCGAAGUACAUCCCAGGUGAUGGCGCGGUAGACCCGCAUAAGAUCAACAUGCAGGGCCUGCUGGCGCUUUUUGCCCUCAUAGGAGCUGCGUUUGUUCUCGCUGCCAUCUGGUUCUUCUUCUGGGCCAAGAACGGUGGAUUUAUCUGGCGAAAGGGAGACUGGGAAGACUACAAGUCGACAGUUCUACGACGCAAGGGACCCGACGGCGAAACCCUAAGUAAUGCGACAAAGAGUACCAAGCUGGGGGGCGGCAGUGUCGUCGGCAAGCGCUACGAUGACGACGGCUACACGGUCUCAGGAUACACCGACACAGCGACAGAAAUAACAGAGAAAGACGGACCCAGGCGCAAGCGCGGACUUAAAGAGAAACUCCUUGGACGACACAAGAACGAGCGAUAUGAGAACGAGGCGGAUGAAGACAUGCGCGCGUACCGUAAAGAGAAGCCAGCCCGAAUCGGCGGCAUCAACGCCGAGGCCGACGGCACCUACUACGGCAGUGACUACGACACUUCCAAUCCACCCAGUUACUACCAGCAGAGCGAGAUGAGCCAGGUUCGUGAUUACGCCUACGAGCCGAGCCGUCACAAGAGCACGCGACGUGAUUUCUCUUUCACCCCAGGCACCGAAGAAGUCCUGAGUCAGCCUCCAACAGAGCAUCACCGCAUCCGCGAACCCUCUACUCGCCGCCACAAUCGUCGUCGCGAAAGACGUCACCAUGCACCUCCGACAUCGUCCUCGCGCCAGAGCAGUCCCCGCAAGCGUGAGAAACGGUCCGUGCCGGGUCAUUACACCGAGCCACUUGACUUUUCGUCUGCCCCCUCGCGCUCCGAAUACCAGUACUCGAACGUUGACACAGAGGAUACUGGAACCAGGAGCUACCACCACCCGAUCCCAGGAUUGAGCAAGGGAUACCGCCGUGAUGGAGGACGGAGCCGUCGCCGGGACAGUCUUAGUGACAGUGACGGCGAUGAAACUCGCUACUCGUGAGAUCUGCAGUCUUCUUGCCCACAGAACUUUCACGAUAAUCUCUAUUGGUAAAUGUAAAUAGUAUGCUUUUAUUUUUCAUUUUGAACUUUCUUUCAAACAACACGACAAGCGCAUGGAAUAUGAAUGGAAUGGGUAUGGAUAUGGUCAUGGUUAAUGGAACUCAAUCAAUGAAAUACAUGUGUCGAUGCAAUAUAGUUCACCAAGAACAUUUGUUUAGGUUUAUAUACGAUUAUACCUAUUUUACUUUCUUGAACUCUUAAGCAAGAUCCAUGAUUAUAAGCUUGGAAGUAUCUUCAAGGACAAUAGAUGCCUGACUCAU